AUGUCCUUUGCAGGUUCCACGAACAAAUCUUCUUGUCCAAACUCUAUAAUAAAAAUGUGGGUUCUUCUUGAGGGGAAACCAAGGGCUAUAAAAUUGAAAGCUGAUUUAUCUGAAGUCAAAGACUUGGAAGAUUUCGUACCUAUUCUCAAGAGAGAGUUUGAAGAGUUAAAAAACGUUAAAAAUCAAAAUAUCAUAUUCUUAGAUAACAACAACAACACACUUAUUCCACCAGAUACUUGUUUACAAACUCUGGCACGCGAUACAACAGCUAGAACGCCACUUCUUGUUCGCUACUCACUCUCAAAUGCAAACAGUAAAUGUAAUAUACCACAUACCAGUGGUUCCUUAAGUUUGUUGCGAGAAGAAGUCAUAAAAAGAUUUAAGGAGAUACAGACAGAAGAAUUCUACUUUUUCAAUGAUGAAACAAAAGAAGAGAUUCGGAAUGAGUAUAGUUUUAACACUCUAGCAUCUCAGACCAAACUAAACGGUAACAACUAUAAUCUUAAGCUAAAAGUCAAAGUCGAGGGUAAAAAGUCUUAUAGAGAUUGGGAACUAAAGGAUGUGUUUAAGGAAAUAUUACGACAGGAUUAUAAAUCUCUUGGUGGUAUCCCAAGAUUCAACUUGAAUGAUCUACUCUCAUUAGAGCACCCAUUUACUGAGAACGAAUUAAAAAGUUUUGUUGAUGCACUUCAAAAAACACUUAAUGCAUUCAAGAAAGAAUUCAGCAUCAAUAAGGCGACAGCUCAUGAAUAUAUUUCUACCUUCAUGAAAACUGCGGUUUGCCAUAUACAAGGCCACAUAAACAAAUCAGCACAAUUGAGCACGAAAAUAGACUUGGAAGGAAGUCGUGGGUAUGGCCCUGUAGACUACAUGGUAGUUAUUGUUAAAAUUUUGGUGCUGUUAUGUGAAGCAGAAGCGGAAAAUAUGAACAAGGGAACAGUCCAGGUUCUUGUGCAAAUGCACAGUGCGAUAGAACAACAAUUGGGUAAACACAAGCAUGGCCAAAUGGAGCAAGCGAUGUUCGGGAUAGUUACAACUGGAAAAUUAUGGCGAUUUGUCCGUUGGACCGGAUCAUUAGAAGAACCGACAGUUCAUAUUUCUGAAGAGUACACUUGCGAUUUUAAGGGUAACAUGGAACCUGAGAAGGAAAUGUUAAGAUAUAUUGCUCAGAUAUUACAAGACCAAGCUAUGGCAUUUGGUGUUGAUGAUAAGGACAGUGGCCAUCCUUCAAAGCGUCAAU